CCCGAAAAAGCCGUGAACGCGUCCCACAGUCUGUGCAUGAAGCCCCGACUUCGAGGGUUCACCAGGGCUGCCUGACGUCGGUCACGUAACUUGAAAGUCGUUUUCUUUGCUUUGUAAAGUGAAAUGCAGGGAUCGGCACACGCGGGAUAGCGAGGAUUGAAGCAAGCAUUGGCUGUGUGCUUCUUUUGUCUCGAAAGGAAAUGCAGCAGAGCAUCUCGUCUUCUUACUUUGCGACAGGAAGCAUUCCGCAUGUUGUGUGUGCAUAAUAAUGAUCCCCUACAAACAGGAAACUUACUUGUUUGCAGAAAAACCACCGGGCGACUCGACCAUGCCCAAUCGUGUGGGGAAAUGAAGUGGGUCUUUUGCCUUACAGAACCGAAACGCGGCAUUUUCGCCCUUUUAGACCGGUAGAGACCUCGAAGUGAUCCAAGGUGAAAGAGCACUCUUCCAGCGUUUGCGGUGAGCUGUUUCACCGGAAAGUAACGGAUGUCCAGGCUCGAUAUUUGACAUUCACUAUCGUUGCACACUGCUGUCCAGGCGAAGUGGACGGUAUACGGGUUUUUCGAGUCGUAGCAAAUGGCAAUUGCGAGAAGAACAUUCCGAUCAAUGAUACUACAAGCUUAGGAGCCGUUAUUACCACCCGAGGAUAAAAGGCAACUUUAAGCAGAGCGCGGUACCUAGUUUCUCCAGGGUUGCUAGAUCCAUUUAAAUGCAAGUUUUAUUACAUAAAACUACUUCUAUGCAGCUUGCAGAAGAAAAAAGGAUGGACUGACACCUUUCAGUGGACACGCGGAUCUCGAAGUAGUUGCCCGGCAACUCUGCCGAUCCCUACUCUUUGCGGAAUUUGCCUUCUUUGCUCGAGAUGAAACCGCAGCCUCUCUCGGGUUCUUGCCCGGAGGGCGGAUGUUUCACAGCCGAAACUCUGCUGAUGCCGCAGGAGCUUGCGCUGAUUCGGCAAGUGUUUGCGGAAUUGGAUGAUGAUCGCGACGGGUGGCUCAGCCCGGAAGACCUUCGUCGGAGCAUGCUCCGGGACGGGAUCCGCGUGACCAAGGCCGAGGCGGAAGCUUUCCUGUGGGAAGUGGACGAAGACGGAGAUGGCAGGCUGGCACUUUCAGACUUCGCUCUGCUGUACGCGUUUGCGAAGUGCGGGAUGCGCCGGCGCGAACCGCAGAAGUUGUCAAACUACUUGAUCUACCGCUUGAUCGAUUUAGAUCGCGACGGAAGGCUAGAUAUUGACCACGUCUAUUCGUACCUCUGCCACAUCAUGGACAAAGAGGCGGCGAACCGAAACAUGAACAAGAUCUUCGGCUUUUACGCGGUCGACUCUCCCACGACAGAUAAAGUGACCCCGGCGCAGUGGCUUACCAUCCUCGAGACGUCGCUCUGGGAACAAGACUGCCCGGUCGUGGACAACGAAAAAGCCCCCUGGCAAACCGACACGAAUUCCGCAGUCUUCCCGUUUCUUAGAGACAAGGUUAGAGUCAGACCCAGAGUAGACGAUCGGCUAGACAUCCAGAAACUCCGCGACACGAGGAAUCAAGUCGUGGCGGAAACCGGGACGAUUCCUCGCGAACCCUACUCCCGAGGCAGGCGUUCGCCGAUCUGUCCGCCGCAAAGACGGAGCGCCAAACGGCGCUAGAACUCUCUGGCGAAUGCUGUUUCACAAAUGCAGACUCAAGCACUUUCUCGCCGUGCUGCUCUCCCGUAUCAGGGCGAAGCAGCAAAGGUAUUUUGGCAAGGUGCGGACCACGCUGUAGCCGCACGAAAAUGCGGGGGAAAGAGGGAUGCGUUGGACAGAAAUGCAGAGAACGCAACGAACGUAUUUCCAAGACACCAGUUCAGCAGAGGGGGGCAUGGGAACGAAGGAAGCUUUGGGGUUUUCGUGAACGGAGUUAGUUCCGAGACUAUCUUCAGAAUGAACACAUACCGAAAUCGCGUACAAAUGGUGUUUUCCGACGUUGGACGCCAUGCAACCGAGGGAAUUGAUCCAGUGAGGUGCCUGGGAAUUAAGUGAUUUGGGGCAGUCUCGCAAAUGCUUCUUGUUUUCCGUUUCGGAACAGGAAACUUGCAGAGAGGGCAACAGUUCACAUGUGGCUGCCUUUUGUACGAACAUACUUCGGUGUGAACAAGUAACCAUAGUAUAGGUAAAUAAAUAUAAGCAUAGAGAGGGUUGUAUAUUUUUGCAAUGUAUUGAAGGUACUUUUCUGUGUUUCUCGCACUUUCGGUGGAUAGACGGGACUUGGUAGCAGGGAUUUCCUGUCGGCAAUGGUCAGAGGAGCAGGAAAACGGAUUUCGCAUUAGAUGUGAAUCCCAGGGCUGGGGCUGUCCUUCACGGCUUUUUCCAGCACAGCUUCCCACAAGACCGGAGGUGUUUCCCCUCCGGGCAAAAUGCAGUCUCUCUAACUCAAGGAUGAGAGGCAACAUGGAAAUCUUCUACCUUGUUCAGACUUGAAGUCUGGCGUACGCAUGUCUGGAGGGACGCCAGAAUGCA